AUGCAAACUAGGGCUAAAAUGGCUGGGAAGGAUGAUGACGAGAUAAUACUUGAGACUUUUAUGAUCAAGAGAUCCCAAAACAAAAAGUUAUUCUCACCGGUUAACUUCAAGGAACGCUGGCUGGUUCUGACUCGUCGAGCGCUUACUUAUUAUGACACGAAUGGCGAGAGACGAAAAGAACGCGGACGUAUUGACACAGCCACGAUUCACACUAUAGAGCACGCCCAACUGGAUAAGCUCUCCUCCGAGAGCGACGCAGAGAAGAAUCCCAUUUACAGAUUUCCCUUUCAGGUGGGCUACACAGAGUUGGGAAACGACUACACGCUCUAUCUCGUCGCCAGUGAUCAUUCUGAACGUUCUCUGUGGAUACAUACAAUCAGAUCGGUGUGCGUAGGUAGCGCCAGGAGGAAAUACUAUCAUCCAGCGGCGUGGGCUGCUCGCCGGUGGUUGUGCUGCGACGCUGAGAGAAGAUUGGCUCAGGGGUGUGCGUUAGCAGAAAUUUGGCCAUUGCUCGAGCCUCUGGGUCCCCUUAGUAUUCAAGACAAGUGCAUAUCCAAAGAAGUUGCACUUUUUACGUGGCGUAUCGGCAAUGUUAUGUAUGACGCUUUACGUUCGCUGCGGUACUUGGACACGUUUGUAGGCAGUCGGAGUGUGGUGUCGCGCGCGGACGUCCGGUCACAAAGUCCCGUUCUCAUGUUGCCUAAUAAAUCCGAGGACGAACCAAUGGUUACAAAGAAGAAAUCUAAGAUACCAUGUCUAUCAUUAUCAUCAUUUCUUCCUGCAGUCGAGGCCGCCUUGACGGCAGUCACAAUGCCGGGAGGAGGCGGGGCUCCUCCGGGCACUCCAUCUGCUAAACUUAAGGACAAACAGAGGACGAAGGUUGUAGUAGCUUUGUAUCCAUUCAAAGCUAUCGAAAGUGGAGAUCUGUCUUUGGAAAAGGGUGCGGAAUACGAAGUUAUAGAUGACUCGCAAGACCACUGGUGGAAAGUAAAAGACGAAAAUGGAUCUGUUGGUUACAUUCCAAGUAAUUAUGUUAAGGAAAAAGAAACGAUUGGACUGCAGAAAUAUGAGUGGUAUGUCGGUGAGAUGUCUCGCCAACGCGCCGAGUCGUUGCUCAAACAAGAAGACAAGGAAGGAUGCUUCGUGGUCCGCAACUCUUCCACUAAGGGCAUGUACACACUCUCGCUAUACACCAAAGUUAUCGACCCACAAAAGCGCUACCAUUCCGGCACAGAACACUACCACUCUCAAACUAAACAUUACCAUAUAAAACAGAAUGCCCGCGGGGAAUUCUACUUGUCCGAUAAACAUUGCUGCUCAAGCAUACCAGAACUGAUAAACUACCACAAGCAUAACAGCGGUGGAUUGUGUUCUCGACUUAAAACAUCGCCCUGCGAUAGACCAGCUCCUCCUACUGCCGGAUUUUCACAUGACAAAUGGGAGAUCGACCCGUCAGAGCUGGUAUUGAACGAGGAGUUAGGCGCGGGGCAGUUCGGUGUGGUGCGCCGUGGCAAGUGGCGGGGAAGAAUCGACACGGCCGUCAAAAUGAUGAAGGAGGGUACCAUGUCCGAAGACGAUUUCAUCGACGAGGCUAAGGUUAUGACCAAACUUCAACACCCGAACCUAGUGCAACUGUACGGCGUUUGUUCAAAACACCGGCCGAUUUACAUAGUAACGGAAUACAUGAGAAAUGGCUCUCUAUUUAACUAUCUGCGACGUACAAUGCCAGAUCAGUUAGGUCCUGCCGUCCUACUCGACAUGUGCAUACAGGUUUGCAAAGGCAUGGCUUAUUUGGAAAGGCAUAAUUAUAUUCAUCGAGACUUAGCUGCAAGGAAUUGUUUGGUUGGAGACGAAAAUGUCGUCAAAGUAGCAGAUUUUGGACUGGCGCGGUAUGUGUUGGACGAUCAAUACACCAGUUCUGGCGGUACUAAAUUCCCUAUCAAGUGGGCACCUCCCGAAGUACUCAAUUAUACACGAUUCUCCUCUAAAUCCGAUGUCUGGGCAUUUGGAGUGCUAAUGUGGGAAGUGUUCACAUGCGGUAAAGUACCUUACGGACGAAUGAAGAACUCUGAAGUUGUGGACAUGGUCGUGACGCGGCGACAGGUACUCGAGAAACCCAAGGGCUGCCUCAACGAAAUAUACAAUGUGAUGCGCAUGUGCUGGCGGCACACGCCGGAGGAGCGGCCGUCGUUCCGCGUGCUCAAGGACGACCUCAGCGUCAUCGCGCACAGCGUGCUGGCCGAUUGA